AUGGAGUCUACGAACCGAUUGAGUGCCAUUCAAUUUCUGUUGGGGAUCCAGCGCUGGACGGGACUUCUUAAGUGGAAAAAUGAAGAAGGAGAUGGCCUCUUAGCCUGGCUACAACUCAUCUAUCCGUUCGUGCUGCACCUUCCUCUGACUUUCACCUAUAUAGCUCUCAUGUGGUACGAGGCCUUAACUUCUGCAGAUUUCGAGGCGGCUGGUCAGGUCUUGUACAUGUCCAUCACUGAACUGGCAUUGGUCACCAAACUGCUGAAUAUUUGGUACCGACGCAAUGAGGCUGCUAGCCUCAUAACCGAAAUGCAGCACGACCCUGCCUAUAAAUUGCGAAAUGUCGAGGAGGUACAAUUCUGGGAGCGAAACCAAAGGGACUUUAAGCGCGUCUUCUACUGGUACAUCGGAGGCAGCCUUUCUGUGGCCGCCAUGGGAUACAUCAGCGUGUUUUUCCAGGCGGAGUACGAGCUGCCCUUCGGCUACUACGUGCCCUUUGAGUGGCGCACCAAGGAGCGCUACUUCUACGCCUGGGGCUACAACGUGCUGGCCAUGACCCUGUGCUGCCUAUCCAACAUCCUGCUGGACACUCUGGGCUGUUACUUCAUGUUCCAGAUCGCCUCGCUUUUCAGGCUGAUCGGAAUGCGACUGAGGGCGCUGCAAAAUGCUCCCGAAGAAAAGGCCAGGCCGGAGUUGCGGCGCAUUUUCCAGCUGCACGCUAAAGUGCGCAGGUUGACGAGGGAAUGCGAGGUGCUAGUUUCGCCCUAUGUCCUGUCCCAGGUGGUCUUCAGCGCCUUCAUCAUUUGCUUCAGCGCCUAUCGACUGGUGCACAUGGGCUUCAAGCAGCGACCUGGCCUCUUCCUGACCACCGUGCAGUUCGUGGCCGUCAUGAUCCUCCAGAUCUUCCUGCCCUGCUACUACGGCAACGAGUUGACCCUCCAUGCCAACGCCCUCACCGACAGUGUCUUUGGCACCAAUUGGCUGGAGUACUCCGUGGGCACCAGAAAGCUGCUCAACUGCUACAUGGAGUUCCUUAAACGUCCGGUCAAAGUUAGGGCUGGGGUUUUCUUCGAAAUAGGACUGCCCAUUUUCGUAAAGACAAUCAACAAUGCCUACAGUUUCUUCGCCCUGCUGCUGAAGAUGUCCAAGUAA